GGCGCUGCUCUGCAUCUUCCUCCUUCCCUUUGUCUAUGCUUCCUCUGCCAUUGCUGCCGUCUGCUGUCGAUUCCUGCUGCAUAUACGUGGCUGUCUUUUUUAUUCUUCUCUGUUGAUUUGGAAAUUAACAAUGAGCAAUCAAGAGGCAGGGGUAACAGAAGGGUCUGCGAUGGGGGAAGUAAAGGAAUGGCUAGAAAAGACGUUCGAAGCUGCUGGCAAAACCGUCCCAGAAUUUGAAUACACUCCUCGUAGCGUAUCCCACUUGCACCAUCUCUUAACCGUCUCCAAAGCCAAAGACGAAGCAGCACGUCUUGUGGCUCGCGAUUUCCGGCAAAAAGCCUCAGAGUACCGAUCCCAAGCUGCCAGGAUUAGAGAGAUUUUGGAGAAUGUGGGUUUAGCCCAAGAGAGUUUGCCUUCCAAUGUGGUUGCAUCUGCACAAGUUCUUGCAAAUGUGGCCAACUUGUUGAAUAUAAGAGAUACUGAAAUGAGUAGCUUUCUUGUAGCAAUGAGUGAUAUUUCCCUGAGGAAGACUGGUGUGGAGGAAAAAAGGGCUAAAGUGCAUAAGGAGUCCAAGCUUCUCCUUGAUUACACUAGAAAGGCUAUAGCCAGGCUAACUUAUUUGAAAAGAACACUUGCACAAUUAGAAGAUGAGGUAGCUCCAUGUGAGGCUCAGAUGGAAAGUUGGAACACAAACUUGCAAGUAAUGGCUGCAAAAGAAAGGCAGUACAUGCAACAAUGUGCCAACUUCAAGGCGGUGCUCAGUCAUGCAGGUUAUACCCCAGAGGUCAGCCAUAGGGUUUUGGUGGAAAUGGCUGAACAUAGAAAGGAGCUGGAGAAGAAAACUAAGCCCAUCCUGGAUACUCUAAGGAGCUACCAGGAUUUGCCUCCGGAUAAAGCUUUGGCUGCCUUAGCUAUUGAGGAUAAGAAAAGGCAGUAUGCUGCUGCUGAGAAAUAUCUUGAAGAUGUAUUACAAUCAGCUCUUGCCAGUUCAGGGUGAUAUACUAGAGCGCAUUUUCCAUAUUACGGUAGUAUGUACUUCUGUCACUCACAAUGAAAUACCUGUGUUUAAAUAGUAUUUUUUUCUCUUACAUGUUGUUGUAUCAGCAUUGGUGUUUGAUUUUUAUUGGAGGGAUGUAUGGAACAGUGGGUGGGACGGAAGUAUUGUAAAAAUUUCUGAUAUACUAAUGUAAUUUUUAAAGUUUUUUUCUUUUUUAUUAUUUGUGUGCUUUUAAGCUUGUGUUUUUAAACCAGGCUAAAUAUGUAUAUGAACAAGAAUGUUACUUAGGU